AUGGCGUCCCGACAAAAGGCGCCGACCGCGGCCUCGCGCUCGGUACGCGACUCGAGCGGCUGGCGCCCGAGUCGCUGCAGCUACAGCAGUCGCAGCCCCGCGUUCGACGCGGAAGUGCCGGCGAUGAUGGAGCCCCAGAGCGACCACAGCGACUUUCUGGCGCGGUCGAGUCUGUUGUCGUUCCGGGGGUCGCGGGUCGUGCGAAUGUCGCCGCAACCGCUGCUGCACCACCACCCCCACCUUCUGCCUGCGCACGUGCAACAUCACCAGCAUCCCAGCGGGCGUAAACAUCCGCUGCUGCGUGCGACUGGUGGAAAAGGCGACGGCGCGGGGAAUAAGAGCGAAUGGGACGACAGCAGCAGCGACACCACGAGCAGCUCCGAUAAGAGCGAGUCGCCUACGGCCAACUGGAGCCACUGCACGUCCCGCGUGACGUUUCAGCUCCCGUCGGCCCGUCGGGCACAACCGAUCAGCACCAACAGCAGCAACAACAACAACAGCAACAACAACAACAACAGCAGCAGCAACAACAGUGAAGACGACGAAGCCGAUGACGCUCAAGAGGUGGGGGACAAAGUGGACGGGACGUCGGUGGACCGCUCGAGUCGGCGACACGAUCGGGUCGAGUCGGUACUUGCAGUGAUGUCGGCAGUUCCUGUGUCGGGUCCAAUUCCGUUACUGGAGCAAUGCGACAGCGACGACGACGACAAUGACAUUGACACGAUCAUCUGUGACCCGUCGAGGCUGCCCGGGACGCUCGUCGUGGACGAAAAUGGCCUCACAGUGUCGCGAGAGAGUGGUCUGGUGCGAGCUGCGAACGUGCCCCGGGGGAGCGUGAUCAAGGCGGGGCUGCUGUUCAAACAGGGCUUUGGGCUGCGCAGCGGCGGCUGGAAAGUGCGCUACGUCGUGCUCACGAGCACGAAGAUGACGUUCUACCGCGAAGAACGGGGCCGCAAGCGCGGGGAGAUUGACUUGGCCAAGUGCAGUGCCAAGAGCGUCGAGAUCAUGCCCCGGGACUCGGUCUUUGACGGCUCGCAAGCCUCCAUGUGGCGCUUUGCCAUUCGAGGCAAAGUGCGGCGCGUGCUGCUGAGUGCGUACUCGGAGAGCGAGAUGAAAGAGUGGCUGCGGUGUCUGCACGUGGCGCUGGCGGUGCAGGCUGCAGGCGUUGGCCGCUACACGGACCUGGUCGUGCCAAGUGGGACAUUUCUAGCCGAGCGAAGUGCUGGACUGAUGCGUUCGUCGGGUGUCUCGUAA